GUUAUAAUCGUCGGACGUUAAUUGUAAUAUUCGAAAAGUGUGAAAAUUCCCGCCAAUUUUACCAAAGUGAAUUCGGUAUUGGAUAGAAAUUUAUGGAAUUUGCGGGAAUUUUGGUCGUAUGAAAGUGAAAUUUUGAUACGAAUAAGACCGUUAGGAUAUCCAGGAUAUUGGCUGUGAGGAUAAAAAGCGAGAGAACAAUUAUUAUAUUUUUGUAUUAUUGCAACAGUGACCCACAUCACCGAUAUAAAUAUUUUAAUUCAACCCACCCGCCACGCUGUCUAAGUUAAAUGUAAUCCGAAACCCCGACAGGCAACUCAACAAAGUCGUUUCAAUAUGCAGACUCUCUGCUUCGGAUAUCUAACAUUCAUAUUCAUGUUAACAUAUGUGCGAGCAAUACCACCGAUAGAAACCGUACGAACGAAACGAAGCGGAGGAUAUCCAAAGUUUCCCGAAAACAAUCUACUAUUCCAUGACACCUGCGGCACCAGAAGCGUUCCAUUUAAUCCACAACGUAAUGCGAAAAUUGUUGGCGGCACCAUUGCACCAUAUGGAGCAUUUCCGUGGCAGGUUGAAAUUCAGAUUUUCCGAUACGAAAAAUCGAUUUUCGAACAUCAUUGUGGUGGAGCAGUUAUCGGUGAUAAUUUGGUAAUAACUGCCGCUCAUUGUCUGGAGCCCCAACAAAACUAUUUGAGAUUGGUCAUUGGUAACUAUGACUUAGUCGAACGCGACAUGUAUGAACGGAGUUUUCGUAUCGAUCGAGUUCUGAUCCAUCCGGAAUUUCGACGGAAUGGGCCGUACAGUAAUGAUAUAGCCAUAAUUAAAGUAAAAGCAACCGUAUUCAACUUCAAUUCACAUGUAAAGCCAAUUUGUUUACCAUCGAAAGAGGAGAUUUCUUAUCCGGGUACAUGGUGUACGGUUACUGGCUGGGGAGCACAAAAUGGGGAGGAUAAAGAAAGCCUAGCUCCAGUGCUUCGUGCGGCAGCUGUGCCAUUGAUGGAUCAAACUACGUGCCGAAGCUCGGAAGUAAAUGGUAGCAGAAAUCAGAAAAUUUUAGAUUCAAUGUUGUGUGCCGGAUUUUUGCAAGGUGGAAUAGAUUCAUGCGGAGGUGACUCAGGCGGUCCACUAGCGUGCGAAUUCGAAAACCGAUUUUAUUUACAAGGAAUAGUGUCAUGGGGCGAUGGAUGUGCAAGGAAAAAUCGACCUGGCGUGUACACUCGGGUGGAUUCAUACAUCGACUGGAUUUCACAAUCAGUGGAAGAGUUAAAAUAACGCAAGCACCAUUUGGUGGAAGAACAGCAUGCUGGAUACUGUGUUUUAGUAGUACAAAUUUUGAUGGUCAAAUCAGUGAAACUCCAUUGUGAUAUUAAAAAUAAAAACUGAAAAUAAAACAAUUU